UACUAUUUACUCAGCUGUUCAGUCCAACGACAAAAUGCUUAAAAUUUUCUUGUUAUUGUUUGUCUUGAGUGCUGGUCGAGCCCAGGCGGAGCUUUCUGGCCUGCUAAGCGCCCUCCACUACUUUGGUCUCUACUCAAACGGCACGGGGGAAUCUUUGGGCAUUUCCCGUGGCCAGUGCCAUUACAGCUUCGAGACGUUCGCCCUGCUAGAGGAGCGACACACUUGCGCGCCGGACGAUGAGCACAUCCAGCACCUGACCCAGCUGCCCCCGGUGCGGAAGCCACCUAUUCUGAUCAAAUGCUUGCAGCCGGAGAAUGUAACGGAUGCCGAACCCGGAUUGCUAAUGAUGCACAGUGCUAAGGAGAUUGUGGGCCUGCUGAAGCCUGUGGGCAAUGCCACCAAGCGCCACGAGCCGGGUAGCUGUGUCGUCGUGCACUUCUGCACGGCCUCCAGCUUGGAAUGUGCUCGCGUGGCUCCCGUAAUGAACCUGCUGCCCCAUCUGUUUCCCACCCUGCCCAUUGCCUAUGUAGACGCCUAUGAGUUUGGACGCUUCAAUGCCGAGUUUGGGAUCGUAUCGCUGCCCACACUGAUGAUCUUCCACCAGGGCAGGCCGCUCAUCAAGUAUGAUCCUUCGUGGUCAGACUCGGAGAAGCGUAGCUUUGCUCGCUUCAUUAUGCGACACACGAACGUAAAGACAGUGGAUCCACAGAGCAUCCACCCGAGCAUAUUUAAUCGAACACGCAGCGAGCCACUAUCCAAUGUGCCGGUGGUCCAAACGGACUACUAUCUGGGUCUGUCCUGGGCCUUUAUCCUAGCCUGUUUGGCCAACUACCUCCGGCAGACGGUGUUCUGGAAGCAGUUGGUAGAGAUGGUACAGCGCAACUGGCGGGAGUCGGAGGAGACACAAAUGGAGAUGGUGGACUAGUCUGGGAGGAGGUAUUAGCUUAGUUUAGGUAGUAAAACACUCGGACACACUUCGGGAUUCACUAAUAUAAUGUAAUUAUCGUUUAAUUAAAUUCACAUCAACAUUUA